AUGGAAAUUGAGUUCAAUACCAGCGAGAGCUUUGUGCUCCUCGGCAUUGAGGAGAUGGAAAGGUUUAAAUAUCUUUACUGCUCACUUUUACUCCUACUUUACUUCUUCAUCUUGCUGUGUAGCUGCACCAUCAUCUCUGUGGUGCUGUUGGAUGAAAGCCUUCAUGAGCCCAUGUACACGCUCAUAGCCAGCCUUCUGCUCAACGGGAUAUUUGGGAGCUCCUGUGUCUUCCCAAAACUCAUCGCUGACUUGUUAUUAUCAUCCAAAGAGAUUUCACGUGUCGCCUGUUUCAUCCAGAGACUCUGUGUGACGCUAUUUGCCUACAAUGAGAUCUCCACCUUCACCAUCAUGGCGCACGAUACCUACUUAGCCGUCGGCCACCCAUUGAGAUACCCAACUCUAAUGACGAACCCAGUGGCCUUGAAAUUAAUCCUGGGGUCUCUGAUCUUCAAUUUCAUCUUAAUGUUGCCUUCUUUAUUACUUUCUGACAGACUCCCACUUUGUGGGUCUCACAUUAGCAACGUAUUUUGUGACAACCCAUCCAUCCUUUUUCUCUCCUGUGUAAAUGAUUCUGUCAGCAAGUUGUAUGGAACAAUUAUUUUUGUAGGUUAUUUAGUUUUCAUGGUGCUGCUCAUAUCCCAUUCCUACCUCCGGAUAUUGCUGACCUGCCUCAAGAUUUCCAAAGACGCCUCUCCCGCGUCCUGCAGAGAAUUCUGUGUAUCUGCUUCUCCUUUGGGAUAUUUGGGAAAUGUCUUUAUAAAGAGCCCACAUCCCACGCAGGAGGCCGCGCUCUAG